AUGCUGGUCGAUGCGCUGAUCAGGCUACAGCUUCCCAUUGAGCAGCUACGAGCUCAGACAUACGAUGGAGCUAGUAAUAUGUUUGGGAAAUACAGCGGCUGUCAAGCGGAAGUCAAGAAGGUGCAACCUUUGGCCAAAUAUGUCCACUGCGGUGCACAUAUCACACACCUUGUGACAUCGAAAGCUGUUCAGACUUUCCCAUUCAUCAAGGAUGCUCUUGAUCACGUGCAUGAGCUUGGCAAACUCUAUGAUGGAUCUGGCAAGUACAAACACCUCUAUCUGCAUCUUCAUGACGACGAUACUGAAAAAGGUUCCCCUACACGUUUGAAGCCCAUUUGUCCUACACGAUGGUUGACGCGUGCUUCAGCUGUGACCACAGCCUUGCAUAACUAUGCAGAUGUGCCCGAUUCCUUGCAGGAAGCAUCUGCUGAGUUUGGGACAAACACAGGUUCUCGAGCGAACGGAAUUUAUACAUGUCUGUCUUCAGGAAAGUGCAUCCUAGGGUUGCUCGCAUCUCUGCCGAUCAUAAACUGUUUGGAAGCCUUGAACAAGUCCCUACAAGGUUCUGGCGUCAACGUUUCCGGGAUGUUGGAGUCCGUCAAAGUCGUGAGCGGUGAGCUCAAGAAACUGCGAUCCACUGAGAAGUUCUCGGAUAUAUACCAAGCAGCCAAGGCAAAGAUCGCAGAACUCGACCUCACUCCACUGGCUGUCCCACGUCAAAGAAAGCGUCCUAAAAGACUCCAGCAAGGAAACGCAGAGGCCUUCACCACAGAUACAGCUGAGCAAAUGUACCGCAUUCAGUUCUUCACUGCAUUUGACACAGCAAUAACCAACCUGCAAGAUUAUUUUGUCUCAUCGGACCUUGCCAAGUACCAAGAACUGAGUGCUUUACUGCUGAAUGGCACAACAUCAAACGAAGAUGCUAUCAUACAAGAAUACCCAGAACUGACAGAAAGCCUCAAAAUCGAACUAUCCUUCUAUAGAAACCACCAUCCCGCAUCGACACUGGAAGGACACAGGUUAAUAUUCAAGGCUAUGGAGCCCUCUGUUAGGCGUAUGUUUCCGCAAGUGGAGAGGCUGCUGCGUUUGCUUCUGGUCUCCCCUGCCAGCUUGUGUGAAGCAGAAAGGUCGUUCAGUGCCCUACGACGAAUUAAAAUGUGGCUGCGCUCCACAAUGACACAGAAGCGUUUAAAUCAUGUAAUGGUGUGUCAUGACCACAGGGACAGGCUGGGAGCUGUAGACUAUCAACAGAUCGCUGAAGAGUUCAUCGAUAGAUGCUCCGACUCUCGUCGCAAGGUGUUUGGGAAAUUUUAA